CCCACCCGGAGCGCAGAACUUCACUCUCCAUCGCAGCGUUCGCCCGGUUAGCAGACUCCGCGCCGCGCCUCACACUCCGGGAAUGGGAUCUCCAGCGAGCUCGAAGAAAAACUUCCAGUUCUUUCGGGUGUACGCUCUGCAAAGGCUGCUCUUCAAACUGCAGGGAUAGUUCCCCCCGCAGGUGGGGGGGGGGGAAAUAGGGGGGGGGCACAGUCCAAUGAGGUCUGAGACACGUUAGAACCCUGCUCAAGUCUUUUUUUCCGGGCUUCGGGAAAUCAGUUGAAGCUAAUUACGAGAGCGAGCCGGGUCAGGGGUUUUGCAGCCGGCUGAUGGGGAUUUGUGCCACGAGCUGAAGCCAACGCGACGCGAGCGCGGCUCAGCGGUGCGCGCGAGUCCAGGUUUGAACCACCGCGCGCUAUUUGGCUGCCGGGGCUUGGGUUUAAAAAAAAAAAAAAAUCUGCCAUGGCAAAGUGGUUCCGAGAUUUCCCCGGCAGCCUGAAGAACGGCGCCGAACGGGUCCGCUCGGCCUCCGAGUCCGGCCCGCAAACCCGGCCGAAACCCGCGUGCUCACGUGACAGCCUGAAGGGGCACGCGCGUAAGGACGGCGCCGGGGGGGUGGGCGCCUUGUUGACGGGCAGGACUCGGAAAAACUCCGCCGUCGAACUGGGUCGGAACAGCACCGGGUCGUGCGGCACGGUCUGGGAGAGUCUCACGCACGGGAAAAGUCGCAAAAGCUCCAAGCUGGAGACGGGCCCGUCGGAUGAGAACCGUCAACCCAGGACCUCGAGCUUGGCGCAAGGGUACAUCAGCAGGAUGAUCAAGCUGGAGAAGCACGACAAGGCCCCGAAAGUCAACGGGACGGGUGGACAGAAGGUCCCCGGGGACGAGAAAGGAAAGCCUGACAUCAAAACCACAACGCUCAUUAUCCUGGAGGACUACGCAGACCCCUUCGACGCCGAGAAAACGAAGAAACAGAGAGAAGCCGAGCGAGCGGGGGUGAACGACGGGUACAUGGAGCCCUACGACGCCCAGGUCAUCAUCACAGAGGUUCGGAGGAGGGGCUCCAAGGACCUCCUGAAGGUGUGUGUUCUGCUGGACCGUGGCCAGGGGAAGGGGGAGGAGGGCAAGCCCACGUCCCUCAAUAUCUACGACACACCCUGAGGAGGACCGGAAGGCGACAGCGAGGGCGUGUGGAUCCCUGUCACACGGCCAGAGUCGGAUAUCCGCCCCCCGGGAGAGUACGAACUGCCCUGGGAGUGGAGGAAGGAGGACAUCGUGCGAGCCCUGUCAGCUCAGUUCGAGGCGGUGGAUUGUUCUCCCGCUAAAGAGAACGGCUCCACCUCCAGCCGCCAGCAGCACACUCUGAGACAGAAGACCUGGAACAACAAAGCCCUCGUCCCUUCCCCGCCCUCCUCCUCCUCCUCUCCCUCCUUCCCUUCCUCUCCCAUUCUCAAACUCUCUCCUCUCUCCCCACCUACUCCCUCCUUCCCCACCCUCAAGCUCUCACCCGCCUAGCCCCCAAAACUCUCGCCUCCAUCUCCCACCUCCCCCUGCGCCCCCUCGGAUGGGGAGGCGGCCAGAGUGGACCCCACCCUGCCUCUGGAGAAACAGAGCUGGUACCAUGGCAGCGUGAGUCGGCAGCAGGCCGAGGCUCAGCUGCAGCGCUGCAGGGAAGCCAGCUUCCUGGUGCGAGACAGCGAGUCAGGGACCAGCAAAUACUCCAUCGCUCUGAAGACAAGUCAGAGCUGUGUGCACAUCAUCGUGGCCCAGACUAAGAGCAGUAAGGGUCUGGUAUAUACGCUGGACCAGAGUAGCUGUGUCUUUUCCAGUAUCCCCGAGGUGGUCCAUCACUACUGCACACACAGGCUGCCUUUCACUGGCGCUGAGCACAUGACCCUGCAGCAUCCCGUACCCAGGCCACACUAAACAUGCAUCAAGGGCACCCAUAGGGAAAUCACACAUGUGAAACAGAAACACAGUACUCUCUCACCAACACAGACACACAUGCAGACACACACACGCAUGUACUUAAAUAAAUGCUGCUUUGGAUUCACCUUUGAUAACUAUGUGUUUAAUUUCAGUGCUUGCUAAUGAGUGUUAAAGUGGCAGUAGACAAUUUUUUUUGCUUUAACUUAUCAUUAUGAAGUAUACAUGUGGAUAGCACAGUAUAAUCCCAGAUAGCAAAAUUGCUGUGGCCCGGACCCGUCCCACACCCGACACUUUCAUCUGACCUACAUACUGUGUGGAAUGAUGGCACUUGGGCGGUCCGUUCCUGUUUGCCAGAUCUGGGCCAGAACCAAGCCAUAGCAAUGCCGCAUGUGCCACAUAUUUGCCCAAGGUGGUCCAUAUUUCUUCUGUGAUAUUUGGGCCAUAUUCACCAUUUACCACACAGGCCACUUCAGGGUCACAUCCGGAUUACAUGUUGCCAAGAGCACCGCAUCUUUGCCAAAAAAGGCCAACAUUUGAGUUGGCCCGUAUUUGCUAUUUUACAUGUGGGCCACUUCAGGCUCACAUCCAUUUUGUCAGGGCCAGAAGAAGGCCAUCAGUGCCGCAUCACUGCCUGAAGUGGCCCACAUCCGGAUGCUAUCUGGGAUGGCUAUAGAAUAAUGACAUCAUCUGCGUGUAGAUUAGUUCCCUAUAAGCCUCGCUUUCACUGUGCAAUUCUGUCUGCCACCGGGUACGAUCUCGCAGGAAAACGAAGGCUCGAUUUACGGCACAAAGAAAUGCAUCAACUUGCGCACCCAAAAUAGGAAGAGGAUAGCGCUUUUGUUUUCCCCAGGAGCUAACCACCUAGCUAGCCCCAGUAGCAGAAAUGGCGGACAGUGGAAACUACUCAGUAAGAGAAAAAGAGCCCCGUUGGCGGAGGAGGCAAAGAAGGUGAAGAGGGAGAGUGAUAGAAACUGAGGUAAAACAAGUGUCAACCUCGGACGGGCAUUCACUCGAUGGAGCGAGCUCCGGUGUUGCAUCAAACUCAGUUUCCCCAUUGAGCUCUGUUUCCCCCUAGCCAGACGAAAGAGUUCGCGUGGAAACAGGUUAGCUAUCGGUUACAAUUAGGUUAAGGUAAACGUUAAGCUUGGGGUUAGGUUGAAGUUCGGGUUAGGCUGAAGUCACAUUAAGCAUCCCGGUGUUGUAUCGAAGUCUGGCUGGGGGAAACAGAUCUUGGUGGGGAUACAGAGUUCAGCACAACACCCGGCACUCCAGGGGGUUCUCUGCCUCUAUCAUAGCACUGAGACUGGGGUCUCUAGUUCAAAGUGGGAUUCUGUCAGUUGUUUCUCGCUCUGGACAGUAGCCAGGCUGCUAAUAAACGGAAAGCGGUCGGGUUGUCUUUGCGACAGCGGUGCUAACAGUCAUAUCACCCGGAAACACUAGGGGAGGGGAAAGUUGAAAAGUUGUCUACAGCUGCUUUAAUCACCUUUAGUGGCCUCAACUUGUAUGUAUAUACUCAUCACAUGCAAACUAGUGGUCAAAACCUCAAACUACAACAAUUAGAACUGUAUAUUUUUACAAUGCUGCCUGUCUCCAGUAUAUGAGUGCAUGUGUGUGUCACACACACACACACACACACACACAAACUACAGUGAAUGUAUCUGUCAUUUAGAGGAAAACACUCCCUCCUUUCACACACUAGUGUAUCAAUGUUUUUACGCUCAACUGCCAUGAACCGGGCACGAAACACACUGUACUGUACAAACUGCACUUAUUUCAUACACUGAAAUACCUGAACGAAGGCACAUGAACUGCUUGUGGAUGUACCAGAUACUUUGGCAUCUGAAAUGAGCAAAAUGUAAAAAAAAAGUAUAAGCUUCUAAUAAGUGAGCAGGUCUUGCCGUCUGCGAGUGGUUGGUGCUGCAAUCUAUUAACGCCGUGCCUGCUAGUUAGGCAUGAUUUGUGUGGUCGAUACACCCGAUUGGAGUGUAUUCGUCCAUCCAUCAGACACUCCGGCCCUGGAAAUAAGGCUCAGUUGUGAAACACUGGUCUAUCCACAGGAAGAGCCGUCAUUGAUUUAUCGAUUUGGGCUCCUGUAGUGGGAAUGGCCUCAUAAUAUUAUAACAGCUCCUAAACCCACCCAGCUCUCCGGCUCGUGGCAUUUGGGAACGUCUGUGUUUGUGCGUUGGCGAGUGAGUAAACGAGUGAAUGAGGGUUGACUUUAUUUUUUUUUACGCCCGCUAAUGAGCGACAACCCCCUGCUGCGGAUUCAACCUGCAGCAGACGAACGAGCGAGUGAGCGACCGAACGGCAAGGGCCCCCACCCGCCUUCGGUCAAAACGAGAGGCCCUUCGCUAAAAUGCUGCCCUCGUCGUCGCGAAGGGAUCGACCUGCUCACCCAGCGAAUGUUCCUACACGUGGACGAUGUUUGUAUGAAGUGAGUUUUGAAUACUGUCAAAUUUUUUAUUUUGAUUUUUUUACGACAACCACAUCACGGAGAGGACGGUUUUAUAAAUGUUGUACGUCUUCAGUUCAGUAAAUGACAUUUU